ACUACCUUCAGUGUAAAUAUCACAAAUAGCACAUGCAAUUAUAACUUAUUAUCAAAUGACUUAAAGAAAUACCAUAAAAGCAGGCUUAAUUGUCUGUAAAACUGCACAGGCUUAUCUGGUACAACACAUUGCACGAACGCAUGAAGUCCCAUUUUCUCAAAGAAGCGCAGUGGAACAGGAACACUCACACCUGCAUCUCUUGGCUUUCAUCUAGAACAUUUAAUGUUUAUUUACUGCUAUGCGGUAAAUGAGUUAGAAGCUACUGAACAUUAAAACACUUUAAAGCCAAACAAGGAAGAAAAGAAUAUUUAACAAUCUUUAUCUUGCUUUAAAAUUAAACCUCAUGCUCGUAUCUGUCAAGUGUUACAGUGAUUUCCCUUGUCAGGAAGAAGCCAGAGUUGCUGCCCAUCUCUUCUAAAAAUAGAUACUAAUAAAUUGAUUAAUUUUGUCUUUUUAUCUAAUUUUCAAGUGCACAUAUUACCUAUAAUUAAAAAAAAGUAAAUAAUGUAUUUUUGAAAUGUUAGUUAAUUAAUGUUAUACCUAUUUGAUGUGCAGUAUAUUUUCCUGAAGAAUAAAAUGAUGGAAACAUACUUCUGCUUUAAGUAGCCGUAAUGUAAACUGUGUACUGAAAUAAGAAGGUUAUAUAAAAUCUUUAACUCUUAUGCUCAUGUUAACUCUGGUUUCACUACAGUCACGCAUAAAUCUUUCGCCUUAGUGAUCGAUUAAAGUAAUUAAAAAUGAUGACAGUAAUGCAUUUGCCGGCAUUGACCGGAAGUGCUUUAGUAGACAGUGCUAGGGAACGAACAGUAAAAGUUAAAGGAAAAAGAGGAUGCAGUAUGAUGGGCGUAGUAAAUAUUCUGACGAAAAAUGGAGUGGAAGUUACUGACGUGGAGUGGUUAGCCUCGGGACCUCCGGGAUCGGCAGAGUAUGACGUCACCUUCGCAAACUCAGAUAAGUGCCGCUCUUUUUUAUCUAGAGUAUCAAUGCAAUCAUCUGUUACUCAUAGCGGGGUUCAGUACCGUUUUUUCAAAUAUGGAAAACAACUGGUCACGUGCAGAGUGCACUGGCUACCAGCAUUUAUUAGCGAUUUGGCAAUUGCAGAUAUGUUUAAAGGGUUUGGGCAAGUGGUUUCUGUAGAACAUGACACUUUGAAGGUUGGUGACUUUGUCACAAGAUCUGGAGUGAGGAUAGUCACACUUGAGUGUGAGUCAAAUAUGACAGAGGCUAUACCACACAUACUAGCAUUCGAAUGUGGCUCAAGAGCCCUUAUUACCAUGCGAGGAAGGCAACCUUUGUGUCUCUAUUGUCAAGAGGUGGGACAUGUACGCAAUACAUGCCCACAAAAUAUUAAUGCAAUAUUUAAGCACAACCAGGAGAGUGUUUCAGGGACAAAAGUUGUAAAGGAUGUGGCACAAAAGGCACCUGAUGUGGCACAAAAGGCACCAUCAUCAAAUGUCAAGGAGACAGUUGCAGAAAGGCCGGAAGUGACGGUUGAACAAUCAUCAACACAGAAGGACGAUUUCCAGGUCGUUGUUAGCAAGAAAAAGAAAUCAAGCGGUCAAAAGAAACAGAUAACAGCAGAAGAGGUGACACAAACAGAGAAAGAGGAGGAAAACAUGGACGCACAGGAUUUAGAGGAUGGCAGCUGCGGGGCCGUUAGUUGCUGUUACUCGGGUUGUCAUGCUAGAUCAGAGAGAGAGAACAACAAAGUGAUACAGUGUUUUGUGUCAUUUGUGUGAUGAGUUUUUGUAUUGAUGUAUUUAUAUAUGUAUCAUCACUGUUAUCAUCAAUGUUCCUAUGAAUCAUUUCAAUCAUAUAUCAUAUACUGUGUAACCCGGUCAUGGGCUCAUCUCAUUUCAUUCAUUGAAUUUCAUUAUCACUCAUGUUUCAUCACUAUGUAUAUACGCUAUACCAUUGCCUCAUUUACAUUCAUGUAGGCCAUAGGAACACUGUACUAACCUUUCUUGCGUAUUGAGUUUCAUUUCAAAAAAUAUAUUUCAUAUUAUACAUGCUUUUUCACACUUGUUCAGGCUUAUCUGGAUGGUGGGGUUGAGGCGGGUGAGUAGUUGUACCGAAGGCUGUCACGUGCCUCAACUCCAUCAUCCAGGGCAGCUGUAGACUAUAUAUCAUGAUCCUGGCAGACCAUCACAGGAAGUGCCCGUGCAUGACCUGAGGUGGUUCGCUGGGAACCACAUUUUAUUUCAUUAUAGUUUUUUCAUUUAAAUGUACAACCUUAUAUGUUUCUUUUCGUUAUUCUUUACAAUUAUUAAGGAAGUGUGGAUACAUUACUCGAUUUAUAAUCAAGGAUAUAAACUCAAUACAUAAUACUAAUAAAGACCCGCUUAAAUUUAAGAUGGUGACUUUUAUUUGUUAAAAGCUAUCAUUGUGUUCUGUUUUACAAUAACAUCAUAUAAAUUUUACAAUAAAAUCAUAUAAUCGUGCAGACGUGAACAAAGACUGGAAUAUUAAUUAAACGUGCAGACGUGCAAAAGACUGUUUGUAAAUUGUGAAAAACAUAAUUUUGUUUUUUAUAACUUUGUUAAUCUUGUUAAAUAUUAUAAUAAGUCACCAUUCAUUUGUUAUUUCACAUUUAGUUCUUUUAGCGGGUACCUGGGGCAAUCUACACCCCAGGGUACGUCAUGAAUAAAGUUUUAUGAAAAAGAA